AUGACCGAGCUCGCUGCAGGGCACCUCGAAACACUGCCCAGCGCAGUGGCGCCGCACUCCGUUCACGUUGUACCUGAGACCAUCAAUUCCGCUCGCGUACUGUCUCAGGUACGACAGCGAGCACCGCGUAUUUGAAUCAAUCUAUCGCAGCUCAACAAAUGUCUGCGCAAUGAUCAUGACUCGAUCCCAUUCCACGAAAGUCACAAGCAGGCUUCUUGGAGGAGGGAUCAGCGAGAAGCGUUGCCUCCUUCGAGCUUGGCCUCUUCUCAAAAGGUAUUUAA